AUGUGCUAUGAUCAUCUGGACCAAAUUCCUUUUCUCCCUCUUGCACCCUCAUGCCCUGCAGGAUCCCCGCCUCAUUCAUGGAUUACGGUUUCCGCCUCGCUGAUCACCCAGGUCGUGCAACUCCUGCUCCGACAUGCGGAUGCUCUCAACAGCAUCGAACAAUCAACGACCUGGAUCCUGUUUCAGGGAACGGCCCCCCCGCUAACGGUGGUGGAUGCACAGGCCACCAUAGCGGCGGAAUGGAAUCGGCUGAAGUCCAGCAACCCCUCGGCCAUCACGCAGCCCCUCCGGGUAGUGCUAUGGCAAACAUGGGCGUCCGAAUUCAUCAAGCGCCUCCAGCUCCUGGACACCGAUCAGAAUCAGCGAAGCGAGGCUAUUGGGCUUCAGAUUCUCACAGACCCGGAUUGCUUCAAGUUUGUGCGAUGGGACCCCAGCCAAAAGCGCCUCAUUCCGCAGGACAAUCUUGCCCCGCUCACGGCAAAGGAGAUAGUGGAUAUGCUUCAGGAGACCAUCGUGCUGUGCAAGGAAGAUGGUGUGCUCAUCAACUAUCAUCCGAUGAGGCGGCUGACACAACAAAUGGCAGGGGCAGCUGUCACAUUCUCGAUGCAUCUUGGACUCAGAGAGGCCAGAACCUACCGCUUCUGGACAAUAAUCGAAGCCCUGGCGGGGAACGCAUCGCUUCAAUUGGUAGCGACGACCAUUCGCAAAGAUCGGCGAGGACGGUCCCCCUUGGCACAAGCGCUCGAGGCCGCACUUCGUCGGUUGCAGCAGCCUUGCAGCAAAUAA